AUGUGCUUGGAGUGCAGUGGACAGCACAGGGGCCUCGGCGUGCACAUCAGCUUUGUCAGGUCGGUGACGAUGGAUGCCUGGACGCCCGAGCAGCUCAAAAAGAUGGAGCUGGGGGGCAACGGAAGGCUGAUCGCGUUCAUGAAGCAGUACGGACUGGACAAAGGAACGGCCCAUCGCGACAAGUACAACUCCCCUGCAGCCGAGUACUAUCGCGAAUUGCUCACCUCAGAAUGUGAAGGUCGCCGAUGUGCGUUAACCCCUCCACCCAAAUCGUCCUCCAGGUCAUCAGGCCCGUCACGCCCCAAGAAGGCGGAGGACGAUGGUUGGAGUGACUGGGGAGCUGGCGCCCCCACCCCCCAGGGAUCGAAGAGACCGGAAGCAAGAGGAGAAUACACAGCUGCUGCUCUGGAAGCCUCGAGUGCACAGAAAGAGGCCUUUUUCUCCAGGAAAAUGGAGGAAAACGCUCAGCGGCCAGAGGGGGUUCGCCCAAGUGCGGGUGGCAAAUAUGUUGGUUUUGGCUCCACACCACCACCACAGCCAAGGCACGGUGGAGGAGACGAGGUGACAGCUAUUCUUUCAAAGGGUUGGAAUGGGUUGUCUCAUAUCGCUGGGAUGGCUGCCGAAACUGCACAGUCAGCAGUGAGGAGUGGGGCUGCCACCUUGAAAGACGAAAGAGUAGCUGAGAGGGUUCAACAGAAUGCAAGGUUAGCAACAGAGAAGGGUAAGGAGAUUGGACGAAAGGGCUGGGUUGGCCUCAAGUCCCUGUACGCCACAGUGGCAUCUUCGGUGGAGAGUGUGGCAAAAGACAAUGGAUACAACAUCGAUUUAGGUGCCAAGGGUGUGAGUAACAGUGUAAAGAGGAAUGCAGCCAUGGCAAGGGCUGGGCCAGCGUACCAUGGGGUGAGCAGCGUUGGUGACCUCCCAUCGAUGGAGACAAGAACAGGCAAUGGUUUCUCCGGAUUUGGUGGCAACGAAGGCGACACAGAUGCAGACAACAGCUGGCAAGGAACACAGAGAGACGGAAAGCCUGCUGAUGCUCCAGGGGGAAUGGCUAGACCGUGGAGUGAACCCAGCCUGGUUUCCAAAACUAAGGCACCAGGAAAACCAGCCACAAAGGUGGCUGACGAUUGGGGUGGAUGGGGAGAUGGCGACAACGAGGACCAAAAGGACGAUGUGGAUGAUGACUGGGGAAAGUGGUAA